ACGUGUUCGUCUCCCAAAAUUGAUCGCAUAGGUUUGCAUACGAUCUACACGUCUCUGUGCACAGUGUGUGUAGAGAUUUUCAUCAAAAUGGCUAGUUUGAAAAGAAAAUCGCUGGAUCCGAAGCAGAAAGGUGGUGAUGUUGUUAAGGCAGAGGAUGACCUUUUUGUCGAUGCUCCAAUGGACGAUGACAGUGACGACAGUGACUCAGAAGAUUACAGCGAGGAAGAUGAAGAGCUGGAAGCGGAGAUGACAGACAGCGAAGACGAGGAAGAAGAUGACAUUGACAACAGUGACAAUGAUGAUGACGAAGAUGUCUCGGAGUCUGAGGCAGUAGAAGAAAAGGAAGAUCUCAAAGAAGAUCUCAAAGAAGAGGCAGAUGGAGAUGAUGAAGAAGAUGAUGAAAUCGAACGCAAGAUUAAAGAGAGCAAGUCUCCAGCUCCAAGGAGGGGUAAACUGAGCAGAUUCGCUCAGCAGUUGAGACGGAAACAGCUCAAGCUGAAACCUGCGACAACUUUGGACAACAAGACACAAUCUGCACCAAAUGAUAAUGAAGUUACUGAAGAGAGCGUAAUCAGCACAAUAAGCAAAGUGGUGGAUGAGUACGAGUUUGACUCUUCAGAUGAAGAGGACAUCCGUAACACAGUGGGUAACAUACCAAUGGAGUGGUAUGACGACUACCCUCACAUUGGCUAUGACGUUACCGGCAAGAAAAUUAUGAGACCCCCAAAGAGAGAUGAACUGGAGGAAUUCUUGGAGAAAAUGGACAACCCAGACUACUGGCGCACAGUGUACGACAAAAUGACCGGCAAGGACAUCGUCCUUAAAGACGAAGAUGUGGCUUUAAUACAGCGCAUCCAAGAUGGUCGCUACCCAGAGACGACCUUUGACCCUUACGAGCCGUACGUUGACUUCUUCACUCACGAGAAAAUGAUCCAUCCCGUAACACGGCGUCCGGAGCACAAGCGCAGCUUCAUUCCGUCACUUCUUGAGAAAGAGAAGGUCAGUAAAAUGCUGCAUGCUUUUCGCAUGGGGUGGUUGAAGCCACGCAAGGAGAAGAGGGAAACUGACGGGAUGCCCAAAUUCUACGACAUCUGGAGUAACGAGGCCCACGCAGAGAUGACCAAGCGUCAUCACUCCCACAUUGCUGCCCCUAAGGAGAAGCUUCCAGGUCAUGAGGAAUCUUACAGACCGCCACCGGAGUAUCUGCCGACGGAAGAAGAGAUCAAAGAGUGGAAGGAGGCUCACCCCGAGGAUCGUAAGAUGGACUUCCUGCCUCAGAGCAUCGAAUGCUUCCGCAAGCUACCAGCCUACAGGGAUUUUGUACGGGAGCGGUUUGAACGAUGCUUGGAUCUAUACCUGUGCCCAAGACAACGGCGCAUGAGAGUCCAUGUUGAGCCAGAGGACCUCCUUCCUAAGUUGCCCAAACCUAAAGACCUUCAGCCGUUCCCGACUGCCCAGGCAGUAGUCUACCAGGGUCAUGGUAGCUACGUUCGUACUAUCAGUGUAGACCCUACAGGGCAGUGGUUUGCUUCAGGGUCAGACGAUAAAACGGUACGAUUCUGGGAGGUUUCGUCUGGUCGCUGCAUGAAGAAAAUCGACGUGGAAGGUACCGUCAAGUGCGUCGCUUGGUGCCCGAACCCGGCCAUCUGCCUCGUCGCUGUCUCGGUGGACAACAAGGUCCAUCUGGUCAACCCAGAGCUUGGUGACAAGCUGGUGGCGUCGGACACGGAUCGCCUGAUAGAGGCUUACGAGGAGCCGGAAGAGGUCAAGACGUCGGCGUUGGUCGAGUGGACCGUACCGUCAGAGGAGGAGAAAGAGAAGGGAUUCAGGUUGUGUCUUACACACUUCAAGGCAACCAAGCAGGUUGUUUGGCAUGGCAAGGGAGAUUACUUUGGCACAGUGGUACCGGAUGGCGGUCACUCGUCAGUCCUCAUCCAUCAACUAUCCAAGAGAAGAUCACAGACACCCUUCAAGAAAAGCAAGGGUCUCAUACAGUGCAUUGCCUUCCAUCCAACGAGGCCGUACUUCUUUGUUGCUACUCAGCGUUACGUACGUGUGUACAACCUUCUCAAGCAGGAACUCACCAAGAAGUUACUGACGAAUGCAAAAUGGAUAUCAAGUAUUGCAAUCCACCCCGGAGGUGACAAUGUACUUGUUAGUAGCUACGACUGCAAGCUGAGCUGGUUCGAUAUGGAUUUGUCGGUCAGACCUUAUAAGACAUUACGUAAUCACAGACAGGCUAUCCGCCAUGUUUGUUACCAUCGUCGCUACCCGCUGUUCGCCUCAUCUGGAGAUGAUGGAUUGGUCAUCGUCUGUCAUGGUCAGGUCUACAAUGACCUCCUCCAGAACGCCCAGAUUGUACCGGUCAAGAUUCUGCGUGGUCAUCAGGUGACCAACAGCCUCGGGGUCUUGGCCUGUGAGUUCCAUCCUACACAGCCAUGGCUAUUCUCGAGCGGUGCGGACAGCACAAUACGACUCUAUACAUAAAGUGCUUGUUUUUCCCAUCUUCAAGACAAAAAGCUUACUUUAUUUCAGUGAGAUGUUUCACUUCUUGUCAAAGAAAACAAAAAUGUCAUAAGAAGAUACCGAAACCGUUCCAUUUCUUAAGUGCAAACAGCACAAUACGACUCUAUACAUAAAUGGCUUAUUUAAAGGUUACUUUAUUUCAGAUCAGGGGUCGAUUUCUUAAAGAGUUAGGACUGUGCCUAGGAGAUAUUUAAAACUUGAGGGUAGUCCUAACUCAA